GGCAUCGUGGUCGCGUACAAGCCGACCAACUGGACGAGCUUCGACGUCGUCGCAAAGGCGCGGGGCUGCCUCGAGGCGGACCUGAAGAAGGCGGGCCACACGUUUCGCCGCCGUUCACGGCUCAAGGUUGGGCACGGCGGCACCCUCGACCCGCUGGCCGAGGGCCUGCUCGUGCUCGGCAUCGGCACCGGCUGCAAGGGCCUCGAAGGCUACCUCAAGGGCGGCAAGGCGUACCGCGCCACCGCCCGCCUCGGCACCGAGACCGACACGCAAGACUCGAGCGGCGCCAUCACGCGGAGCGAGCCGGCGGAGCACGUGACGCUGGCUGCGCUGCGCGACGCCGCGGCCGGGCUCACCGGCUCCAUCCUGCAGCGUCCGCCCAUCUACUCUGCGCUCAAGCGCGGCGGCAAGCCGCUGCACGAGCUUGCGCGCGCGGGCAAGAUCGAGGAGGGCGACGUCGAGCCGCGCCGGGUGACGGUGCACUCGCUGGAGGUGUCUCGCUUCGACGCCGAGAGCGGCUCCUUUGAGCUGCUCGUCGACUGCGCGGGAGGCACAUACGUCCGCACGCUCAUCGUCGACCUCGGCCGCGCAGUCGGCUCGGCGGCGCACAUGACCGGGCUCGUCCGGACGCGCGUCGGC